CCCUUAUUACCAAUUAAUUUCCAAAUCCUGAUGUUGGCAAUAAUUACCUCUGUGACGUAUAGAUAAAGCGCAUUAGCCAUUCCCGCGCCGAUACCACUGAUAAAUCUUCCGAUGUAGAGCAUCGAUAUAUUCGUUGACAGUGCUAUGAACAACCAUCCAGCUGCGUGAGGCAGUGUGGCCAGGGCUAUAGUUGCUCUCCUCCCGAAACACUCGGCCGUCGAACCAGCGAUGAGUGCACCAAGUGGGUUCGAUAUUACACCCAAUGACGCUAUCCAUGACGCCUCGAUUAUACUUGUCAAAUUUGAUUCGAGUAAUUUUGGUAUCAACACAGCACUGAAACCUUGCGACAGUCCGAGGGAUAUCUGACCUGAAUGCGCUGCUAAACUCGCUAUCACCUAGAUGAGAUAAACAUCCAUUGUAUUAUUCAUCGUGUGCAGGGUCAGAUGUGUUUGGUGCGAAGACUGCCAAAAUCGUCAUCACUCUUGGACAAUUCGAGUUUUUUUGGGGAAUGUCGGAGGAUAACAACCAGUAGUGUUCGAACGAUCAUUCCAACCUCAAAAUUUUGUGGUAAACAAGGUGAAGAGGGGAGCGGCGAUGACCUAGAGCCAUCGGUCGAAGUAUUCGAUAAAUUCUUGUGGACUCGUAGGAGAGAAUCCAAGAGGACUGUCAUCAUCCAAGUACAAUCACCAAAUUCUUACAAUGACUUGUACUCGUACUGCGUUGAAUUUGGGCCCAUCAACAGCAUGCACCACUAUAUUGUUUCUAAAAAUAUACAUUUUUUUCUAGUCGAAUUCAAAGACCUUGAGAGUCACAAGGCAGUAUUGGCUGCUGCCACACACAUCAACCAUCAAGACUCCAUUCCUACGUAUUCCUACAUGCUCUGGUUCAGAAAUGUCCCGAGAAAAUCCAAGAAAGAGACGGUUGAUAUACCACCACCGGUUGUUGCCACUGGAGACAGACCCAGUGAGGAGAAAAUACAUCAAGAGCUCAUGUCCGCACAUUCUAUUUCCAAACAAAUGGAACUCCUUCACAACAUGUGGCAGCUAGACGAUGUCUCCACACGCCUCAGAUUCAUGACAGCCCUCCAAAUGGAGAUCAGUUUCUCUAGUUUAUUCCCAAACACAAUUGUCCUGCCAUUUGGGUCAUCUGUCAAUGGAUUCGGAAAAAGUGGCUGUGAUCUGGAUUUAGUUAUGACCCUAGACAGUGAAAAACAAGAGAAAAUAGCUAGUAGAUUUGUCUUUCAAACGAAAUCAUCUCUCCCUGAUGAAAGAGCACAGACGCAAAAAUCAAUGGAAGUCAUCUCCAACGUUAUGCAGUACUUCAUACCUGGUAUCAGGAAUGUCAGGAGGAUUUUGCAUGCGAGGGUGCCAAUUAUAAAAUAUGAUCAUAGUUUAACAGGUCUAGAGUGCGACCUCAGCAUGACGAACAUGUCUGCUGUCUACAUGUCAGAACUGUUGUAUAUUUUCGGAGAACAUGAUGUCCGAGUAAGGCCCUUAGUAUUCACCAUAAGACAGUGGGCGACUUCAGUGGGAAUCACCAAUGUCAAUCCUGGGGGGUGGAUCACAAAUUUUUCUCUCACAUUACUAGUUAUGUUCUUCCUUCAGCAUAAGAAGAUACUGCCUUCUAUAAAUACGAUGAGGAAUCUUGCGAGGUCUUCAGAUGUUCGUCUGACCGAGACCUGUAUCGAUUGUACAUUUAUAAGAGAUCCAAAGAUGAUUCCAUCAGUCAACUCGGAGGACUCUCUCGAGUCGUUAUUGUGUGAUUUUUAUAACUUUUAUGCGGUUUUCGAUUUCUCAACGAAGGCAAUAUGCCUUGGAGAGGGCACGAGUCUGUACAAACCGGAUACAUCUCCAUUAUUCAUCUGUAAUCCGUUGGAGAAGGCUCUGAAUGUCAGUAAAAACGUGACUCCUCCGGAAGUCAUGAGGUUCAUAAAUGCUGUGAAGAAUGCUGCGAUGCUGUUUGAAGAGGGAUUCGAGGGAAAUAACAGGGGAAUUCUGGACAUUUUCGCGGAGAAACGACCGCAGAAGAAGUACUCCAUCCUGGGGAGGGGUAAUAAUAAUAAUAAUAAUAAUAAAAAAGUGAGAAUCGCUGAGUUAUUUCGGGAUGAAAGUGUUGACAAAUUAAAUGAUGAAAUGCCGAGGAGUAAUCAGUGGAAGAAGGAGAGGGCGAGACGCAGGUGACUGGAUCCGAAAAAUAUCAAAUGAUAAUUUAUUAUUUUAUGUAAGUGAAUUAUCACGGGAGGAUUCUGUGAGUUUUGUAAAUAAAUUCGAUACGUUUAAUUACUUA